GUUUUCUCAAGUUUUCUCGCACGAAACGUUCUUUUCAUGUCGGAUUGGCGUAGCAUACCAUGCGUAGAAAAGCACAAAGAAUUCCUCGAGAAACUUAUCACGGUUUUAAUCGAUAGCACCUUCGAAAGUGUGUCCCGCGAAAAUCCUGUAUUGAGAUGGAGGGAUCCAGCUCACUUGCAAGACAUCAUAAAGUUCGAUGUGCAAGACGGGCCACGGAGCCAGGAUAAUCUCUUGGAAAUCGCUAGCAAAGUCUUUAAAUAUAGCAUUAAAACUGGACAUCCUUACUUCAUGAAUCAGUUAUUUUCUGGAUUGGAUCCUUAUGGGUUAGCCGGACAAUGGCUCACCGAUGUAUUAAACUCUUCGGUGUACACUUAUGAGGUGGCACCGGUUUUAACAUUAAUGGAGAAGACUGUGAUUACAAAAUUGCUGAGCAUGUUUUACAAGGAUGAAAAUGGUGCUACCGUUGGAGAUGGUCUUUUCUGCCCAGGAGGUUCUUUCUCUAAUGGCAUCGCCAUUAAUUUGGCCCGGUUUUGGUUCAGGAAGACAACGCAAAGCAGUAAAAGAAUAUCAUCUUCCAAUCUGGUGCUCUUCACGUCCCAAGAUGCACAUUAUUCGGUCCUAAAGUGGGCAAAUGUCUGUGAUGUGAAAGUCAUUCUUAUAAAAACCGACAGUUCUGGUAAAAUGGAUAUCACUGAUUUGAGGGCAAACAUAAUUGAAGAACAAAAGAAAGGAAAUUAUCCGUUUUCUGUUUCCGCCACUGCAGGAACGACAGUAUUGGGUGCCUUUGACCCUUUAAUCGAAAUUGCAGACAUUUGUCAGGAAUACAAUAUGUGGAUGCACGUUGAUGCAGCUUGGGGUGGUGGUUUAAUAUUCAGUAAAAAACACAGUGUCCUUUUGCGAGGAAUACAAAGAGCAGAUUCCAUUCUGUUUAAUCCACAUAAAUUACUAGCUGUUCCUCAACAAUGUUCACUUCUUCUAACUAGGCAUCAGAAUAUUUUUAAAGAUGCACAUUCCCAGCAGGCCUCUUAUCUUUUUCAAAAAGAUAAAUUCUACUCUGCAGACUUAGAUGUUGGAGACAAGUAUUUGCAGUGUGGACGCAGACCAGAUACAUUAAAAUUUUGGUUCAUGUGGCAGGCUAAGGGUACUUCAGGUUUCGAAAAACAUGUCAACCAUUUGAUGACACUUUCGGCUCUGUUUAAAGAAGAAGUAGAGAAAAGAGAUGGUUUUGAAUUAGUAACUGAUUCGUGUUUUAUAAAUGUUUGUUUUUGGUUUAUCCCACCAUCUUUGAGAAGCCAGUAUUCAUUAUACAAUUAUAAAGAACAAAUAAAUUCAGUUGCACCAAAAUUAAAAGAAAAGAUGACCAAAAGGGGUAGUUUAAUGAUCAACUACCAACCACUUCAUGAAAAACCAAAUUUCUUCAGAUUCGUAAUUCAAAAUUCGGGAGUAGAUACAGAGGAUAUCUACUAUGUCUUUGAUGAGUUGGAAAACCUUGGAGAAUCCAUGUGACUUUAUGUAUAAUCAACAAAAAUGACGCUUAUAUAGUUGAAUGUACAGAAAUUAAUUAGUGUUAUA